GGGGGGGGGGGGGUGAUCUCCUCCUCUUCGAUCAGCAGCGCUGGGAUUGAGAAAGCUCAAACAGGCGGAAAGACGGAACCAGUGUGAAUCAUGCCCGUCGUCAUUCCUACCGACUGGGAGUGGAGUCGAAAUUGUGCAAGAUACGGAUAACUCCGAGGAGAGGUCCGAGCUGCGUCUUCAUUUUGUGUGCGCGUGAGAAGAAAAUGUCUCUUCAGGGUCUCCGCAGCUGCUUCUGCCGCUCGGACCCGUCGUGUAAUGUUGCCUCUCUCUCAUGUGUUUUAUGAAGAAGAAGAAAAAGAAGAAGUGACCUGGAUAAACCUGCUGGGAGCCCAGAGGGCGUGAGGAUACUCAACACUUUAUUUUUCACCGCCGUGAAGCGCAAAUUGUAUUUAUUUUUUCCACACAAGUUUAACUAAGGGGGCAAAAGUUGUGCCUGGUCCAGAGGAACCAUGGGGAACGCAGGCAGCAUGAACCAGCACACCGACUUAAGGGGGCACAACAUGCCCCUGAAACUACCCAUGCCAGAGCCUGGUGAGCUGGAGGAGAAAUUUGGAAUCGUUUUGAACUCGAUGAAUCUUCCUCCAGACAAGGCACGGCUCCUGCGGCAGUAUGACAACGAGAAGAAAUGGGAACUGAUUUGUGAUCAGGAGCGAUUUCAAGUGAAAAACCCACCUCACACGUACCUUCAAAAGCUGAGGAGUUAUCUAGACCCGGCAGUCACGAGAAAGAAAUUCAGACGGAGGGUACAGGAGUCCACCCAAGUUUUGAGAGAGCUGGAAAUUUCUUUACGGACCAAUUACAUAGGGUGGGUGAGGGAGUUUUUAAAUGAAGAGAAUAAAGGUCUGGAUGUGCUGGUGGAGUACCUUUCUUUUGCACAGUACGCCGUCACGUAUGAUGGUGAUUGUGUGGAGAACAGCACCGAGGGUGCGAUGGAUAAGUCUAAGUCCUGGAAUCGCUCUAUAGAAGACCUGCACAAAGGAGGCACCCUGCCGUCUAACAUCACAGGAAACGGCAUCACUCGAGCUGGGCGACAUUCCACGAUACGUUCCAACACACUGCCAAGCCGGAGAACCCUGAAAAACUCCAGACUGGUCUACAAGAAAGAUGACGUUCAUGUGUGCAUCAUGUGCCUACGCGCCAUCAUGAACUACCAGUAUGGCUUCAACAUGGUCAUGUCACACCCACAUGCUGUGAAUGAAAUUGCACUAAGUCUCAACAAUAAAAACCCGAGAACGAAAGCUCUGGUUUUGGAGCUCCUGGCGGCAGUUUGUCUCGUCAGAGGAGGCCACGAAAUUAUUCUCUCCGCGUUCGACAACUUUAAGGAGGUUUGCAUGGAGUCGCAGCGGUUUGAGAAGCUGAUGGAGUACUUCAAAAACGAAGACAACAACAUUGACUUCAUGGUUGCAUGUAUGCAGUUCAUCAACAUAGUUGUGCACUCAGUUGAGGACAUGAACUUCAGAGUUCACCUACAGUACGACUUCACCAAGCUGUGUUUGGACGACUACUUGGAUAAACUUAAGCACACUGAGAGUGAUAAGCUCCAGGUCCAGAUCCAGGCCUACUUGGAUAAUGUGUUUGACGUGGGUGCCCUGCUGGAGGAUGCUGAGACCAAAAACGCUGCUUUGGAGCGGGUGGAGGAGCUGGAGGAGAACUUGUCACACAUGACAGAGAAGCUGCAGGACAUGGAGAAUGAAGCCAUGGCUAAGAUUGUGGAGCUGGAGAAGCAGCUGAUGCAAAGAAACAAGGAUCUUGAGUCCGUCAAGGAAGCCUUCAAAGACACCACCUCCCAGGUUCACUCGCUGCGGCAGACGCUGAAGGAGAAAGACGAGGCCAUCCAGCGUCAGAGCAAGCUGGAGAAGAAGAUCCACGAGCUGGAGAAGCAGGGCACCAUCAAGAUCCACAAGAAGGGAGACGGAGACAUCUCCAUCCUGACGUCCUCUCCGUCCGGUGUGGAGGGCCCGUCGGGCGUCACGCCGGGGGUCGGUCAGAACCACGUGGGAGGCACGGCUGCCGGACCUCCACCACCUCCUGCACCCCCUCCGCUGCCGGGAAACGGAACAUUACCAAAUGGGCCAUCGUUAGAACUUCCAACAGUAGCUCCUCCCCCUCCACCCCCACCCCCUCCUCCUCCUCCCCCACUACCCUCAGAGAUGUCAGCUCCUCUGCCUCCUCCUCCACCCCCUGUGGCACCCCCACUGCCUGGGUGUGGGACGCCCACAGUGAUCAUGAACUCGGGGUUAGCAGAGGGACCCAUCAAACUUUUCUCUGUUAAGAUCAAGAAACCCAUCAAGACGAAGUUCCGGAUGCCUGUCUUUAACUGGGUGGCCCUGAAACCAAACCAGAUCAACGGGACCGUGUUCAACGAGAUCGACGACGAGCGGAUACUCGAGGACCUAAAUGUCGAUGAAUUCGAGGAGAUGUUUAAAACUAAAGCUCAGGGCCCGACGGUCGAGCUCACUAUGAACAAGCAGAAGAUCAUUCAGAAGGGACCCAACAAAGUGACCCUGCUGGACUCCAACAGAGCCAAGAACCUGGCCAUCACACUGAGGAAGGUGGGCAAGACGUCUGAGGAGAUCUGCAAGGCUAUUCAGCUGUUUGACCUGCGGACUCUGCCGGUGGACUUUGUGGAGUGCUUGAUGCGCUUCCAGCCCACAGAGAACGAGAUCAAAGUCCUGCGACAGUUCGAGAAGGAGCGCAAGCCUCUGGAAAGCCUGACGGACGAGGACCGCUUCAUGAUGCAGUUCAGCAAGAUUGAGCGGCUCAUGCAGAAGAUGACCAUCAUGGCCUUCAUCGGCAACUUCAGUGAAAGCGUUCAGAUGCUCACGCCGCAACUGCACGCCGUCAUCGCAGCGUCCGUCUCCAUCAAGUCGUCACAGAAGUUGAAGAAGAUUUUAGAGAUCAUCUUGGCUCUUGGAAACUACAUGAACAGCAGCAAGAGAGGAGCCGUGUACGGAUUCAAGCUGCAGAGUUUAGACCUGCUGCUUGACACCAAGUCAACAGACCGCAAAUUGACACUGCUGCACUACAUCGCCAACAUCAUCAGGGAGAAAUACCCACAAGUGUCUCAUUUCCACAAUGAGCUACACUACGUUGAGAAAGCUGCUGCAGUGUCGCUGGAUAACGUCCUGCUGGACGUCAAAGAGCUGCAGAGAGGCAUGGAGCUGACCAAACGAGAGUACAGCAUGCACGGACACAACACCAUGCUCAAAGACUUCAUCGCGCACAGCGAGAGUAAGCUGAAAAAGCUGCAGGACGACGCCAAGAUCGCACAGGACGCCUACGACGAGGCUGUCAAAUUCUUCGGGGAGAACUCAAAAACCACACCGCCGUCCGUUUUCUUCCCGGUGUUUGUGCGAUUUGUUAAGGCCUACAGGCAAGCGGAGGAAGACAAUGAGCAGAAGAAGCGCCAGGAGCAGAUGUUGAUGGAGAAACUCCUUGAACAAGAAGCCAUGAAGGAGGAAGACCAGAAGUCUCCGUCCCAUAAAAACAAGCGGCAGCAGCAGGAGCUCAUCCAGGAGCUCCGGAGGAAACAGGUUAAAGACAGCCGCCAUGUCUACGAAGGCAAAGACGGAGCCAUCGAGGACAUCAUCACGGAUUUAAGGAAUCAGCCGUACAGACGAGCGGACGCUGUGCGGAGGAGCGUCAGGAAACGCUACGACGAUCAGAAUCUGCGGCCGGUGAACAAUGGAGAAGUGGUCAUGUGACGAGGGAACAGUGCACGUGCAGCAGGAGGGAGGGAGGGAAGCAGGAAAGGAUGGAGUGGGGUAAAGUGACGCGGAAAGAAGGAUGCCAGGUGUUUGUAGCAGCUAUGGAGACGACUUUACAUGAAACUAUUGAAUAUGAAUCUGCACGCUAAAGUAGCAGAACUCACUAUGAAGGACUAUGAAGGAGCGGGAACGG